AUGGACGAGCUCAAUCUCGCAGACUCGGCUGACAGUGACGAUCUUCUGGUUCUUAUGACUUCGACUUGUGGUGAUGGUGAUAUGCCUUCUGCGGCGACUGCUCUUUGGGAGGAUAUGCUGCAAAUGGAUGGUUCCCAGAAGCUUGCAGGUCGCUUCUGCGUGUUCGGCCUUGGGGAUAGCUCGUACGAUAAAUUUUGUGCAGCUGCGGUGAAACUUCAAGCAAGGGUGGCUGAACUCGGCAUGAGCUCCGUCAUUCCAUUGGCGAAGGGAGAUGAUCGUGCCGAAGAUGGAUGGGCUACUGCCUUCGAUGAAUGGUUGCCGAAGUUGUGUGAAGAGGUUGGUGCGAAGCCUGAAGACGAGGAGGAACCUGAGGCGCUCUUCGAGGUUACGUCCUUACCUGUCACUGCUGCUGACAAGAGCCUUCCCUACCAGCGCAUUGUGCCUCCAGGAUCCCAGGCCGUACCGGUUCUAGAGAACAGACGCUUGACUCCGGAAUCGUAUGAGAGGGAUAUCCGUCACAUCGCUCUGGACAUCUCGGCUGCUGAUUUGCCCUUCCGUCUCGGUGAUGCCAUUACCCUUUACCCGAAGAACUUGGAGUCGGACGUCGACCUACUGUUCAACGAAAUCGUCACUCAUCUCGAUCGCAACGAGAUCCUCUCUGUUAAGUGUCUGUCCGAUGACGUUCCUGCCAGGCUCAGGUCGGCUUUUAAGUCACGAAUUCCUAUGAAGCAAAUCUUCGUAGAGUUGUUGGAUAUCUUCGGCAAGCCUACUAGGAGUUUCUAUCGCCAGCUGGCUCGUAUUAGCAAGAGCGAUGAGGAGGUUCAGGUUCUCAACUCUAUCGCGAACUCGGACGAUAGUUUCAAGGAACUAUUGGGCAGGAGUGUGUCCUAUGCGGAUGUGCUUCGCAGAUUCCCGAA